AUGGUUGGCAGUUUGCUGUGUGGCUACUUCAGUGAUUUAAUGGGCCGCAAGAAGCUGCUCUACUUUAACUGCUUCUUCAUGAUCGGCGGUGCCGUCAUUCAGGCCGUCGUCUCCAACAUUUGGCCGUUUGCCGUCGGCCGUGCCGUUGCCGGUAUUGCCUCGGGUGCCGCCACCGGCACCAUCGGCGCGUACGUGAACGAGCUGUCACCGCCACACCUGCGUAGUCAACUCGGUUCCGGACUGCAGAUCUCCACUACCAUCGGCAUCUUAGUGCCGGCCAUCUGCUUCUUCUUCGCCGACAGCGGUGAUGGAUGGCGUUACAUGGCCGGUUUCCCCAUCGUGCUGGCUGGCAUCUACAUGUUGUUGUCGCCGUCGCUGGCCGUCGAAAGUCCCGCGUGGUUACUCAUGAAGAACCGUCGCGAGGAAGCCAAGCAGGUCAUCACUCGUCUGUAUGGCGAGGAGCACGUGCAGACUGCUCUCGCCUGGCUUGAGCCCAAGAAGCAGCCCAGCGAGGCCGAGGCCGGCUUCUCUUCUGAGCCGGUCGAGUCCAUUUGGUCGCCGAAGUACCGCCUGCAGUUUCUCGGUGCGCUGCUGCUGUCGUGCACGCAGCAGCUAUCGGGUAUCAACGCUGUCUUCUACUACUCUGGCAACAUUUUUUCGGACGCCGGUAUCUCGGACUCGCGUGUUGGAACGCUCAUCAUCGACUUCAUCAACAUCUGGCCGGCCUUCUUCACGAGUGCACUGGCCGCACGCUUCGGCAACCGCAACAUGAUCCUUUGGGGCAUUGUCGGCAUGGUCGUCAUGUCCAUCGGUAUGACCGUCGCCUUCCUUGCAGAUGUGUCGGCGCUCUCCAUCGUCUUCACGGCACUGUACGUCAUCGUCUUCGGUGUCACGCUCGGCCCUCUCGUUUGGGUCAUGACAGCCGACAUGUUCCCGGACUCGGUGCGUGCCAGCGCCUCGUCCAUUUGCAUUGGUGCCAACUGGCUGUGCAACCUCAUCGUCGGUGUCGGUUACCCGUACCUGGCCGACGAGUUCGACGACUGGAGCUACAUGCCCUUCACGGUGUUGCUCGUCAUCUUCUACGUGUUGUCGCUCAAGUUGGUGCCGGAGACUGCUGGCAAGACCAACGAGGAGAUCCAGGCAGAGUAUGAGGAGCGCCGUCGCCGUUAG